AUGAUCAUUGGAUGGAUCCGCACAUCUAUUGAUCCGAAGAUUCGUUCUACUGUUACUUUCGUUCCUGAAGCUUCCACACUUUGGGAUAAUCUAGAGAAACGAUUCUCUGUUCAAAACGGCGAAGAGCUUGACACCAUUAAAACGUCUCGCUCUUGUAUGUGUGAAGCAUCUGCUGAUAUCGCCAAGGAACGGGAAGACGUGAGGGUUCACAAGUUCUUGUUUGGACUUGAUGAAUCUCGAUUUCGCAACAUACGUUCUCAGAUCAUCGAUGAAGAUCCACUACCUGACAUGAACAACGUCUACUCUCGUGUGAUUCGUGAGGAACAACACAAUCACAAGGCUCGUGCUCAAGAAGUAAAGAUGGAAACGGCGAUAGGUUUCACCGUUCAAUCGGAACUUCUGAAGGAAGAAACUGCUCGUGCUGCUGCUGCUGUGUUUCGAACUCGAGAUCCAAAUCGCUUUUGCACCCACUGUUCUCGUAAAGGUCAUGACAAUUCAGAAUGUUUUCUACUUCAUGGCUAUCCGGACUGGUGGUAUGAGCAACAACAACAUGGUGCUCAAAGUCAACGUGGACGUGGUGGUCGCACUUCCAACACUAGCUCUCGCGGUCGUGGUCGAGGGAACAUGACUCGUGCGAACAACACUACUGCCUCCUCGACUGUUGGUUGGAGUCCUGAACAGCUUGCUCAACUCAUCCAGCUCCUUCAAACUCCUCGUUCUACCAUCACAUCUGAGAAACUCACGGGUAAUCCAGCUCAUGGUGAUGUGAUCAUCGAUACCGGUGCUUCACAUCAUAUGACUGGGAAUUUAUCUAUUAUUUUCGAUGUUGUUGAUAUUACUCCAUCGUCGGUUAUUUUUCCUGAUGGAAAUACAUCUCGUGCUGUGAAAAGUGGGAAACUUACUUUAAGCCGCGACUACUACUUGACUGAUUCAAAGAAGCUCUCUCAAUCGGAACUGUGGCAUUGGAGGCUUGGACAUCCUUCAUAUCGCAUCUUAUCUUCUUUACCGACUUUACACAACUUUUCUUUUGAUUCUGAUCAAGCUAGUGCUUGUGAGAUUUGUUUUCGUGCUAAGCAAUCACGAGGUGUUUUUCGUGAUAGUUCUAAUAAAGCUUCAGAACCGUUUUCGCUUAUUCACUGUGAUGUUUGGGGUCCGUAUUGUACAUUGUCUUCGUGUGGUGCGGCUUACUUUCUCACGGUCGUUGAUGACUACUCUCGUGCUGUCUGGACUUACUUAAUAUUAGAAAAAUCGAAGGUUGCUAAUCUACUCAAGGAGUUCUUUGCACACACAGAGAGACAGUUUGGUACAAAGGUCAAGAAAAUUCGCACGGAUAAUAGAACAGAAUUUAUGGUUUUGUCUUCAUCUUCCGUGAACAAGGGAGAAAGCGUUCUGACGGCUGCUCAUUUAAUUAACUACACUCCAACGAAGGUCCUUGAUGGCAAGUCUCUAUAUGAAGUUUUGUUUGGCGCUCCACCGGCUUAUGAUCAACUACGUGUCUUUGGUUGCUUGUGCUUUCCUCAUUGCAGGUCUCGUGACAAGGACAAGUUUGGUGAUCGUAGUCGCCGGUGUAUCUUCGUGGGUUACCCUUACGGAAAGAAAGCUUGGUUGCUAUAUGAUUUAGAAUCCAAUGAGUUCCUCUCAAGUCGUGACGUCGUUUUCUCUGAAGAUGUUUUCCCGGGUGUUGAUAAUCCGAACUAUGUCUCACCUCCUCUGAAUACUUAUGACCCGACUAUUGAUGACUGGCUUCUCCUGAAUGUCAUAACGAGUGAAUCAUCACCGGUUCCCUCUCCACAUCCUCCUACUACUUUGGUCUCGGUUGAUACUCCAUCACCGUCAUCUCCACUAGCUACUCCAUCUGCUUCUCCUAAUGAUGCAACUGUGUCUUCUCCUGGUUUACCCGAGAUUUUGGGAAAAGGUUUACGUCUGAAGACUCCAUCUGUUCUACUCAAAGACUACAUCACUCACUCUGCUCAUCUCGAUAAUAAUAAACCCAUUCACGUUCUCUCCUCGCCUGCCCGUGGUCCUCCGCAAACGUCCUCAGGUAACAUCAUGUAUCCCAUUGCAAACUAUGUCUCUGACUCUCAUUUUUCUGCUUCCCAUCGAGCUUUUGUCGCAGCUAUAUUGUCAUCUCAUCCACAUACGCACUAUAGUGAAGCUGUUAAAGAAAAAGUUUGGAGAGAUGCUAUGACAAAAGAAAUCGAUGCUCUUGAUGAAAGCGAGACAUGGGAUAUCACUUCUCUUCCUCCGGGAAAGAAGGCUAUUGGUACGAUGUGGAUCUAUACGAACAAGUUUCGUUCUGAUGGUACUCUUGAAAGGCAUAAAGUUCGACUGGUUGCCUUGGGCAACAAUCAAGAAGCAGGGGAAGACUUCACUGAAACGUUUGCACCGGUGGCGAAACAUACGACCGUACGUUUUUUUUACGCAUAG